AUGAAUUCAACCGAUAUUCGUGUAAUUUUCUUAUAUGAGUAUAAACUUGGUAAUAAUGCUGCAAAAGCUGCACGCAAUAUAAACCAGGCGUUUGGGGAGAAUACUGUGAACGAUCGAAAAGUGCAGCGUUGGUUUGAAAAAUUUCGGUCUGGUGAUUUUUCCCUGCAAAAUGAACCGCGUGGAAGACCCAAAACAUCUGUGAAAAAUGAUGCUCUGAAAGCAUUGGUGGAAACGAAUCCAACUGUUUCUUCAAGGGAACUUGCUGCCAGAAUGGAAGUUGACCAUACAACAAUAUUGCGACAUCUUUCUAAAAUUGGCAAGUACGAAAAUGAAGACAGUCUGAAAAAUGCCAUAUCAGAGUUCAUUGAUUCUAAAGAUCAGAAUUUCUUCAAGACAGGCAUCUAUGCAUUAAAAUCUCGUUGGGAAAAGUGUAUUGAAGUAAAUGGAGCAUAUUUUGAUUAA